UUAUGUGUGCUCUCUUAUUAAAAUAAUAAAAUUAAACAGUGUUCCUAACUUUUCAAAUAGUUUAGUUUUCACAUGCUUAAAAAUAUGUUUUUAGCUAAUUUACAGUUAUGAACGCAUUGUAUUCGAGGGCCUUUAAAAUAUUGAAGUUAGUUCAAGUGGAGAAUUAUUGUUCAGCUAAAAAAUUACGAACGCCAAGAUUUCGUUCGAAAACUGACAUGGAAUUGAAGUGUAGAGAAAAUCCCAUUGUUGUUCAACUCGAUACACCUGAAUUUAAAAGUAUAUUCACUGAUGAAGUACUAGAUCUAAAGAAAUUGUUCGAAAAAUACCAAUAUGAAAUUCGUAUAGCUGGUGGUGCAGUGAGAGAUUUACUAAUGGGAUUAACACCAAAGGACCUUGAUUUUGCUACUACAGCAACUCCAGAAGAGCUAAAAAAUAUGUUCAAUAAAGAAAACAUAAGAAUGAUCAACAUGAGCGGUGAGAAGCAUGGCACCAUUACUCCCAGGAUCAAUGACAAAGAAAACUUUGAAAUAACAACAUUGCGAAUAGACAUGAUAACAGACGGCAGACAUGCUGAAGUUCAAUAUACCAAAGAUUGGAAACUAGAUGCUAAUAGAAGAGAUCUUACAAUAAAUUCUAUGUUUCUAGGUUUUGAUGGUAGUGUUUAUGAUUACUUCUUUGGUUAUGAUGAUCUAAAGAAGAGAAGGGUUGCCUUUGUUGGUGAUGCUGAUGUAAGAAUCAAGGAAGAUUAUCUGAGAAUCAUGAGGUAUUUUAGAUUUUACGGACGGAUAGCAGAAACACCAGAUAAUCAUGAUAAAGACACACUUGAGAUUAUCAAGAAGAAUGUUGUAGGAUUGAAAAAUAUAUCAGGGGAAAGAAUAUGGACAGAGCUUAAGAAAACAUUGGAAGGGAAUUUUGCUGGCGACUUACUAAAAACAAUGUUGAAUGUGGGUAUUGGAGAAUACAUUGGUAUCCCAGAUCCUAAUUUGAAAGAACUAGAUCGAGUUCUAAACAGAAGCAAACAUUUUGGUCUACAUCCAAUGAGUUAUUUGGCUGCGCUCCUCAGCAGCAUUGAUGCAGUCACUAUUCUCCAUAACAGGCUGAAGUUUUCUGGCUAUGACAGAGAUAUGACAUAUUUUAUAGUUGAACAUAGGGAAGAUAAGAAUCAUUCCAGGAGGUUAUUACCAUAUGAAAAAUUAGUCUUGCAUUCUAAAAUGAAACAAAAAGAUGCCAUAGAAUAUACUAAAGAGGUGUUAAAAUACAGAGGAGAUGAAGAGCUUGUGCAAUUAUUUGAUAAAUGGGAAGUACCGCGGUUCCCGAUCAGUGGAAAAAUCCUUAAAGAAAAUGGAGUACCUCCGGGAAAAAUGUAUGGACCUAUUAUAAACAAAUUAAAGGACCUUUGGAUAGAAAAUGAAUAUAAACAAACAGCUGAUGAUUUAGCGAAAUUUAUACCUAGUCUAAUAGGUGAGUUUGAGAAUAAAACAAGAAUUAAAUAA